ACCUUACCAAAAAAAAACAGCCUCAUAUUCUCAUUCCUUUUCCUUUUCCAUUUUCUUUUUUCAUCAUCUUCAGAAACUCAUUUUCGCUCUCUCAAAACCCACCACCGUGUUCCACUUUCCUGUGUCCCUCCGGCCACCACGUUGGUCCAAAUUGAAAACUAACACCACUUUUGAACUCAUCUUUCCACUCUCUACAAAACCCACAAGUUUAUUUUUCGUUUUGGAGAAAUUUAAAUUUUGAGCCUCCACCUUCUCUUUCGUUUUCCGGCCACCACGAGCCUCCUCUUGAGAAACUAAACCGACCAAUCUCUUCCCCUUCACGUCCGCAACAGUACAGCUGGGAAGUACUGCUCCGUCUCUAUUUUCGUCCACUCCCCCACUGCGGCGUGUCUCUGCCGUCUUUGUUCCUUCUCAAGUUAGUAAUGGAAGUUUUGCUGCCAAAACUUCCAUCUUUCAAAUUUCCAACCCCAAGUUAUUGCCGCUCAAUCACUACUAAGACCUCAUCAUGUGUUAGAGUUGGGUUCCGUCGUUUAUCUUCUCUUCCUGUCUGUGCAUCCACCGUCAAUGAAGCAUUAGCUGAUCCAACUGUUGACUCCCCUUCUUUGGGUCACUCUACCAGACCCCAUUUCCCUAUACUUCAUCAGGAAGUAAAUGGAUCAAAACUUGUUUACAUAGACAAUGCAGCAACUUCUCAGAAGCCUACAGCUGUCAUCAAGGCGUUGCAAAACUAUUAUGAAGGUUACAAUUCAAACGUGCAUCGGGGCAUACAUUUCUUAAGUGCAAAGGCCACAGACGAGUAUGAAUCAGCUAGAAGAAAGGUUGAAGCUUUUAUAAAUGCUUCUGAUUCCCGAGAAAUUGUAUUCACAAGAAAUGCUACUGAAGCUAUCAAUCUAGUAGCUUAUUCAUGGGGCUUGUCAAAUUUAAAACCAGGAGAUGAGAUCAUACUGACAGUUGCUGAACAUCACAGUGCAAUUGUUCCAUGGCAAUUAGUAGCUCAAAAAGUUGGGGCUGUUUUGAAAUUUGUGAAUUUAAACGACGAAGAAGUUCCAAAUAUAGACCAAUUGAAGGAGCUUCUUUCACGGAAGACCAAAAUUGUUGUUGUUCAUCAUGUUUCAAACGUGCUUGCUUCUGUUCUUCCUAUUAAAGAUAUUGCACAUUGGGCACAUGACGUUGGAGCAAAAAUUCUUGUAGAUGCCUGCCAGAGUGUUCCACACAUGACGGUUGAUGUUCAAGAUCUUGACGUUGAUUUUCUUGUUGCUUCUUCUCACAAGAUGUGUGGGCCUACAGGCAUUGGAUUCUUAUAUGGUAAAUUGGACCUCUUGUCUUCCAUGCCUCCAUUUUUGGGUGGUGGUGAAAUGAUUUCAGAUGUAUAUUUGGAUCAUUCAACUUAUGCCGAACCUCCGUCCAGAUUUGAAGCUGGAACACCAGCUAUUGGUGAAGCAAUUGGAUUAGGAGCUGCAAUUGAUUACUUAUCUGGAAUUGGAAUGGAAGCCAUACAUGAGUAUGAGGUGGAGCUAGGUACAUACCUGUAUGAAAGGCUUCUUUCAGUCCCAAAUAUUCACAUCUAUGGGCCAGCCCCUUCGAAAGAAGUCAAACGAGCUUCUCUUUGUUCUUUCAAUGUUGAGAAUUUGCACCCUACUGAUCUUGCAACGUUUCUAGACCAACAGCAUGGAGUGGCUAUCAGAUCAGGUCACCAUUGUGCCCAACCCCUCCAUCGCUAUUUAGGAGUCAACGCAAGUGCACGCGCUAGCCUCUAUUUCUACAAUACUAAGGAGGAUGUCGACAACUUUAUACACGCCCUCCACGACACAGUCAGCUUCUUCAAUUCAUUCAAGUAGUCAGAAUGUAUCUAUUUGUAUAUUAAAUUUUGCUUAUACAUCAGUUAGGAUUGGUUCGAUUUAUACGUACCUUCAAUUUGGAUGAGACUAGAGUGAUGUAUAAUUCGCGGCAACAACGCUAUGGUGUACUAUACUUUAAAUGCAACAAUUGUCAUUAGCAGAACAAAUUAAUCUUAUCCCUAUAUAUUUUAAAUGAGCUUGUUUAUCUUCAA